AUGCUGCACUCUUAUCUCAAUAGGAAGGAUCAGCGCACUUCUAGUAAUCACCAAAAAAAUACGUAUGCUGCGUGGAGCUAUUUCAUAGCUAUUGGUUUCAUAACUUGUGUAUUGGUCUCUAUAGCCGUAUUGGUCAUUAUCAGUUUAAUUCCUCUCUAUUUACCGGAUCCGCCAGUGAACACAGUGUAUGAUUCGACAAAAAGUGAUGUGAUUGGCACGGAGUAUGCGACCAGCUACGAACUGCCAAUCACGGAUUUAUCGUACAUUCCCAUAACGAACAUACAAGAACUUGGCUCAGAAAUUACCACUGCCUUGAAGGUUAAAAAAAAUACUAUCUCUGUUAUAACAGCGCUGAUGAAUACCACAAGCGCAACACAAUCUUCUAAUCGUCGGCGUCGCCUAGCCUCUUGUGCAGCUGAAACUGCAUCGGGAGGUGCUAAAGUACAAAUUCGUUUAUUAAUUACAUACCCCCGUCAAUGUGGUCAUAGUUCUGCGUGUAAAGCGAACUUUCUAGAUACUAUAAGACACCUCCUGGAAACUAUGACAGUUUUUUCUCCAAUUUUGGAAUGUCAGCAUGGAAUAGGCAGGAUUUCAGUGCCAUUACAAAUAUGUCGCGUAGAAGUUGAGAAGAAAAAGACAACAACAACAACAACAACAACAACAACAACAAAAACGACAACGACAACAACAACAAAGACAACAACAACCACAACUAUGCCAACUACUAGCACUACUACUGCAUGCUCCGACUUAGCUGGAUAUUUUGAAGAAGGUACUGGUCAUACAUGCGAAACUUACAUUGAUUAUGGCUUUUGUAAUGGAACGAGUGUAGUCGCCACUUCCGGUAUCGAUUCAGCGGCAGCACAACAAAAUUGCUGUGCAUGUGGUAAAGGGAGCGGAUAG